AUGGAUAAAGCUUUAAUCAAUUAUAAGAAAACUAGCCAUUGUAAAUUGUCGAAUCCUCGAGCAGACGGGCUCGCACAUGCGCAUUCUGUUGAAUUCGCCGUCGAUAGAGUUAAAGGAUAUCGGACGACACGGGCUUGUGUAAGAGGGGAUCUUGACAGUUUAGUUAAAUGUCCUGUAUGCUGCACUUACAUCCUUGUAACGGAGUCGGCCACAAAUAUGGAUUUAGACAGGGCUAAUAUGAACUAUAAAUAUGGGAAAGGAAGCAAUUCAAAUGUCCCAAAGCUUCUUCUUUCAGCUGAAAAUGGACUCCGGAAUUUGUGUGACACGUGCAGCAACGACGAACAGGAAGUCACGUGUAUUGAAUGUGAUCAAAAUCUUUGUUUCGAUUGCACGAGAGUUCAUUUAAAAACAAAUGCAACAAGAAGGCACCACGUGACGGGUCUUGCAGAUUCUGCAAGUUCGCCAAGGCGUGAAAAUGGAGAAACUUCGGCCUUGACGAAGAAUUUGCUUACAUCUCUGAACGGUUUGACAUCAUCAACUUCAGCUCUAACUUCCGUGCUUGCGUCAGAAAGACCAAAGACAGUAAACCCUGUGACGUCACAAUUACGUUAUAGUGAUUUGUAUCAAAGAGGGAACUCACCAAGACCAUCAGAGCAAAGGAAGCGGUUUGAGUUUAAGCAACUACGACCAAAGGGAUGGGGGACUGAUUUUAGUCUUGUCACUACGUUUGAUGUUGGGAGUUACGUUCUGAGCAUGUGCGCAGCAUCACGUGAUCAAGUUUGGAUAUCUGAAGCUAUGUCGUCUGCCAUACAUCUAUACAAUAUCGAGGGCCAAAGACUGAAGAGCAUCAAUGUGCACAGCGAGGUGAGAGAUAUGGCGGUCAACAAGGCUUCCGAUGAAAUUUACGUUACAUGUUUCGCUAACAAAACCGUUAAAGUCAUCAGUCCAGACAACAAGAUUUCCAGUUUUCUUACUCUUCCACUUCAUCCUGCAGGAAUUGCCAUAAAUAGCUAUGGGGAUGUCGUAAUAUGCGGUGUAGAAGACUUUCGGCGGCGUUACCGACCGGAACAGAGAAAUCGUUUAUUGAUAUACUCGAGAGAAGGGAAACGGAAACGGGAGAUCGAACAUGAUCAGAUGGGUGGGAGAAUGUUCAAAUACCCGGAGUAUAUUGACAUCAAUAUCAAUGGUGAUAUGUGUGUAUCUGAUAUAGAAAACGAAAGUCUCGUGAUCUUACGUGAAGACGGGAGGAUGAAGAACGUGUACAAGGGACCACCGAAAGGCACGCUUGACAAAACCUUUGACCCCCGUGACGUCAAAUGUGAUAAGGAGGGAAAUAUUGUUGUAUGCGAUAUAAACAACAAUGCUCUCCAUCUACUGGACAUUUCCGGCGAUUUCACAAGAGUCCUUUUGUAUGAAGAGGAUGGAAUAUAUUGGCCGGACAUUCUGGCGAUUGACCACCGCAAUCAUAUAUGGGUAAGGGAGCUUUGGCAACAGUCCGUUAAAGUUUUCCAGGCACUGGGAACUUACUGA